AUGGCCGACGAGGGCGCCGCGAACCGCUUUGGGUUCGAGGACCCAAAUUUCGGUUUCAUUAACGAGUCCGGUGCGGCAACAGAAGCUUCGGCAAACUCGUCAUCCCUAGCCGAGGCCGAUCCCAGCGCCCAACAACAACAGCAGCAGCAGCAGCAACAACAGCAACAACAGCGACAGCAACUUUACCCCCCGUCUACAAGUACAUCAAACUGGGACUUUCAAGCCGCGCCAGCCUACGACAACAUCGAUAUAGGCGCAAGUACCGCACCAACAACCCAACCGGGCGUUAGUGCUCCUGCCUGGUCUUUUCCUGUCUUUGACCAAUCCCCGGAUGGGCCGUUCAACUUUGCCGGCUUCGCACCAUCAGAUGUCAAUUCGAACGUCGUGUUCGGAGCCCCGAACGCAGAGGCUCUGAACACUGCUAGACAGCCAGCUGCGGUGCCAAUGUCGCCAGCUCUCCAGCAGAAAUUACGAAACAUUGCAAUGCCUCCCCACCUUCAGUAUAACUCGCCCAAGAGUGCCUCAAGCCCAGAUUCCGCUAACAAUGACUCAAAAGGAGGCACCGCCUCAUCACCAGAGCAAGCCGAUGGAUUAAAAAGGGAUUCCAGGAAGCGAAAGGUGUCGUCGGACCCAGAAGAUGAAGACGACGUCGAUGAUGAUGACAAGCCGGUCAAGAAGACCGCUCACAAUAUGAUUGAGAAGCGGUACCGGACCAAUAUCAACGACAAGAUUGCCGCCCUACGAGACAGCGUUCCCAGCCUGCGGAUCAUGUGCAAGAGUGCUAGGGGCGAAGAUACCACAGAGGAUCGAGAGGAGUUGCAUGGGCUUACACCGGCUCAUAAGUUGAACAAAGCAACGGUCCUAAGCAAAGCCACUGAAUAUAUUCGCCAUCUUGAGAAGCGAAAUAAUCGUCUGCUGGAAGAAAAUGCUGCCAUGCAAGCCCGCAUUGCUGCUUUCGAGAAGCUCUUUAUGGCUGGCGCUAUGAACGGAUCUAUCAGCCCCAUGCAACAUCCACCCACUCCUAUGCAAUAUGCUCAAGACAAUCCUCAACAAUUCAGUAGCUCGCCCAUGGGCACUCCCCAGCCCAGUAACCCAGCGUCAUCUGGCAUGAUUCAGGUACCCGACGACAUGAAGAGAAUCAUAUCAGCCCAAAUGGCUGUCGGUCAGCCGUAUCCAGUGCCCCAACAAUCUUUCCGCGGCGGCAACCCUUCGAUGAUGCGCCAGCAACAAAUACAACAGCAACACCAGCAAGCCCAACAAGCCCAACAAAACGGCUUCUUCCAAGGCAAUCCUUAUUUUGGAAAGCUCAUGGUGGGCUCUCUCGCUGGUCUCAUGAUUAUCGAGGCCGUGCGAGAGUCGGAAGCUAGCACGGAAACGACAGAAGGACGUGGUCUCUUCGCCUUGCCACUUCACUUGCUUGGGUCUGUUGCAUCAAGUCUUGAUGUGCAGAUCAUGGGGUAUCAUGCUCUGUCGUCUUUGAAGACUCUGUUGCUUUUGGGCACAUGUCUUUGGAUUUUCGUGCCCUCCUUGUUUUCUUCUACCAAUUCAAGGUCCAGGAAGCCACAUCCCGCUGUGCUACGCAAAGCUCCAUCCUUGGCAUCCUCCAUUCAAAUCCGGCGACAGGCUUGGCUCACGUCAAUUCAAACCGUCUGGGUUCCUCGGCGCAACUUUUUCCUUGAAGCCGCAGCACUCAUUGUGAAGGCGAUGAAGCUUAGCUUACGUAACGUUUGCGGAACUCACGUUUUGCACAUGCUCACAGGGAUAACCCGGGAGCAAGAAAUCGCCAGAGUCAAGGCCUGGUCCAUUGCCCUGGACUCGCAGCUAGCAGGUGGAGAUAUGGACAUUUGCAAAAGCCGAUUGGUCUUGACUCUGCUUGCAUCUGGCACGUUGCCCGACACUCCCUUCCGGCUCAUGCUGAAGGCACUCCAUAUCCGUGUUCUCCUAUGGCGAGUGACCAGCAGCAGAAUUGUGCAGGCAGGAGUGAACAUUAUUGCUGCGGAACUGGCUAGGUCAAAGUGGAACGAAGCCCGGCAACUAAACCAGCUUCUUGCUCAGUUGCGCCGCGGGGACUCAAGUUCUGUGCCACAUGACGACGAACUUCCUGAGCAUCUUGUCGCCUUGGUCGAACAGGAUUGUGAUGAUGUUCUCAGCCCGCACGUCAUUCAGCGUGCCCACAACUUGGCCUUCAACAUGGAUACAACACACAAUGUCACGGAUCCCAUCGACAACAUGGAUAGUGUUGUCGAUGAUGUUGCUAUAAGUUCUCCCUUGGAUGCCGUGGCUGCGUGGUGGUCCACCCAGGUUUUGCACCGCGUCCUUGGUGAUGCGCUGGAUAGGGACGCACCAUCAACACCAGAUACGGCUGAAGGUGCCAUCGACAUAGCCAUCCGGAUUUCGCCGAUUGGCUCAUAUGCUCAGAUGCGCGCCAUAUUGGCCCGUGCCGUGCUUGUGAAACAGUCUCGUGGAGCUCACAUUGCAGCCGCGCUGCAGGCUCUCAAAUCAGACAGGCUCACAGUUCCAUUUUCCAAAUCGAACAUGAUCGUUGGCCAUCGAUUUGACGACUUUACAGUCGACUUUUCAAUUGCUUUGCGAUGUGCCAUGGCCAUUGCACAUCUUACGCGGGUGGCGAACACGCCCAAUGCCAAACUGGCCAAUGUGGACUCGCUCAACUCCAUUGUACGACCCGAAAACACGGCAUGCAUGUCCUUACUAGGAUUCACUUCGGUGAUGGAACUCAUGGAUUACUUGCUACUCCACAAGGACCGCGACCAGAGCAUCGAGCCUCUUUUGGAAAAGCUCGCGGCAACUCUGCGUCUAUGGGUCGGCGGGCAAUUUGCGAGCCAUUGUGGUAUUCAUGCUGAACUGCGGCAGCGGGUGGUGGAGAGAUGUCUCGCGGUUACUAAGAGCUUGGUUGGCAUGGAAAUAGAUACUGGCUACGGCAGCAUGAGUGAUGACGAGACCGUGCAGGAAUGA